UAUAUUUCGUUGUCCGUCCAUUAAGUUGGCUACAAAAACCAGCACAUGGUCAACCAACGAGAUGGGUGGGAGCUUUAUUAUCCCUUUUCCCAAAGAAACUAGGGGAAGCUAGCAAGUAACCAUCCAGCUUGUUUCAGAUGCUUUUAAAAUGACAGAGGAAAGGAGAUAGAAAGAAAAGAUUAUAGAAUCCAAAGAAUUGUGUUAACUAAAGCAAAAACGAGGGUUAAAAACAUCAAAAGGAAACGAAGCAGAAGCUGAAAUAUUAUUUAUGACUUUAUGGAAUUACGGUGACUGGAUUCCUGCUUGAGCUGCUUUCCUCCUCCGCCUCCUCCAAGAUGCAGUCAGUGUUUAUUACCCUUUGUCUGCAGUUUAACAUUUUCCCGCAUCAGUUGUCAUCUUGGAAGUUGAUACCAGACAAAAGAAACUGAAGCACUCAGACACAGUUAAGGAAAAUGGCCAACUGCUACUCCCGUCUGCUGGUGCACCAUCCUUAUGCUGUGCUGACAAUGAUAACUGUAUUUGGAACUGCAGCUUUACUGAUCUCUUGUUUCUUCAGUAAAGGUUUUGACUUUGAGCAACCUCGAGCUGGAUUUGAAACUCGAGGGACAGAAAUAAGCAACAGAGUCAUUGCCUUUGGUAAUCUGCAGACUGCUAGUGAGACUUCCCUGUCACUGGCACCUUCUUUGGACAGGGACAAAUUCAGAUUUGGUGUACAGAGCAAACCUUCGAGAAAGAAGAACAGCAAGGCCAAAAAGCAUCGGAAGAAUAACAAAAGCAAGAAGAAGAAGAAGAAGAGGAAAAAGAAGAAAAAGAAGAAAAAACGGAACAGAAACAAGAAGAGGAAGAGGAAGAAGAAAAAGAACAGCAUGAAUAACAGCAGCAGCAGCAGCAGCAACAAUAACAACAAGAAAAUGAAGAGGAAAAGAAUGAGAAAAAACAAAGGCAAAAGUGAAAAAGCAAGGAUGAGAAAGCAGAGCAGGAAACAGCAAAAGAGAAGGAGAAAUAAAAUACGUCAACAGCUUCAGAAUGUUACAACUGGUUACUUCUGUGAUGAUCUUGAUGAAAAAUAUGCCCGUAUAGUUUUUGAGACAUGUGAAGGUUGCACCUUAUUUUCCUUGGAGAAUAUCCAAGCAAUGUGCCGAUUGGAGGAAAGAGUUAUCUAUUCAACUCCUUUAUUUAAAUACCUUUCCAUUGAUGAUUCCAGAGAGUGUCGAAGCUGGUCAAUUGGUAACUACAUAAGCCUAUUGAGCAACAAAUCUUCCUGCAACACUUUGGAAUCACAAGAUGUAACUCUUGUUUUGGAUAUGCUGCAAGAAUGUGCUGAGUUUUAUCGUAAUUAUUCCUUGAGUUCAUACUGUUACGACUGUGUUGGUGUUCCUGAUUUCUGUAAGCAACACGAUGCUGUUUACCACAUUCUUCAUUACCUCACAGACAUUGAGUUUACAUCUAUUAAUCCAGAAUAUCUACCAUCUUUGAAAUACGCCGUUUCUUUUCUACCAAUCAUCCGUAAUCCUGCAACUGAUGUUUUCUUUGAGCACAUUGAGCGACAAAACCUCCAAGAAGACAAUGUAGAAUUGAUAGGAGCUAAUUUUGGAAUCAAAGAGAUUCUAUUUAGAAAAUAUCUUUGGUCUGAUAGUGUUUGGCUUAUCAUAACAGCUGUUAGCAUUUUUCUGGCAAUAUGGUUCUAUUCGUUGUCCCUUUUCAUCACAUUUAUGACGUUCCUGGCAAUAUUCUGGUCGCUUGUUUUUGCGUACUUUUUCUACAUAUUUGUUCUUGGAAUCGAGUUCUUCCCAUAUAUGAAUAUGGUCACCAUCAUGAUAAUGGUUGGAAUCGGUGCUGAUGAUACAUUCAUCUACUGCAGAAUUUGGAAUCGAACAAAAGCUGAGAAGACUGCCAAAGAUCUUGAGGAAAUGGUUAUCACUACUCUCAGACAUGCCGUUAUGUCAAUGCUCGUAUCAAGCUUAACAACUGCCGCUGCUUUCCUUGCCAACGCCAUUAGUGACAUCAUUGCAAUUCGUUGUUUUAGUAUUUAUGUUGGAAUAUCAGUGAUGUGUAAUUUCUUUUUCAUGGUUACUUGGAUGCCUGCGACUAUUGUUCUCCAUGAGAACCAUUGCUCAAAAGUUCAUUGUACAGGAAUCAUUACCAAAAUGCAUUUCUUCUCAUGCAAACGACUGACUAAAGGAUGUAAAUUCGUAUCAAUCAUUUCUCAAAAAUUUUUUAAAGAAUUUCUACCAAAUCAAAUUGUCAAGCAUCCUUAUAUUUUGUUGCUUUUUUUUGGAAUGGUUGGCAUAGCCUCAGCUGUUAUUGUUUUCAUCUACCCUGGAGUAAAAUUACCAACCAAAGAAAAAUUCCAGUACUUUUCUUCCAACCACCUCCUGGAAGUUUAUGACAUCAAACUGUGGAAUCAUUUUUGGUUUGAGAAAGCAGAAAUAGAUGCAUUUCCUCUCAUGCCCAUCACUGUCGUUUGGGGAAUAAUGCCCAAAGACAAUGGUCAUAUCUUGAACCCUUAUGACCAUGGAACAUUAGAAUUCGACAAUGAGUUCAGUUUAGAAUCAGCAGCUGCCCAAACUUGGUUGAUGGAUUUCUGUAGUAGAGUACGUCAGCAACCAUUUUACCAGAAUAUUCCUGGUUAUGCCAUAACUAAUUGCUUCUUUGAAAACUUCCGACAUUAUAUGAGUACACCAUGUAUUGGUAAACAUCGCAAACUGCAAGGCUGUUGUAAUAUCACUGAAUUCCCUUACAGUGCUGAACUCCUGAAGAGAUGCUUAGAAAUCUACAUCCCCAUACUGAUGGAUACCCCUUAUAUUGGCCCCUAUUAUACCAGUUAUCAUCUUCCGGGACCAAGGUUUCAGGACAAACGCAUGCGUGCUUUUUUUGUGGAGUUUAGUAGCACGACUCCUUUUACAUAUGCUUAUGAAAACCUUUAUGCCUUUUACAAUGAAAUUAAUGAAUGGGUGCAGAACGAGAUAAAAGCUGCCCCACCUGAACUCUCCCGGGGUUGGUUUGUCAGUUACUUACAGUUCUUUGAUCUACAAGGUAGCAUCCUGCAUGGCCUACCGAUUGCUAUGGCCCUGUCCCUAAGUGUAGCUGGAGCUGUGAUAUUUCUGACAACCCUUAAUGUACUUCUGAGUAUAUAUGCCAUGUUUUCAGUCAUUUUCACCAUUCUCACUACUGUUGCUCUUCUCAUUCUUCUCGGCUGGGAGCUGAACAUUCUAGAGUCUGUAGUCAUCACCGUGGCUAUUGGUAUGUCAAUUGACUUCACCCUUCAUUACAGUGUAGCUUAUCGACUGUCAGCUCACAGCGAGAGGAGCGCUCGUGUCAUCUCAUCCAUCAGCUCCAUUGGAUCUGCCGUUGCUAUGGCAUCCUUCACAACAUUUAUUGCUGGUUUGCUUAUGCUCCCGGCAACCGUUUUGGUCUUUAGACAGUUUGGAAUCUUUCUCAUGAUCAUCAUAUCUAGCAGUUGGUUAUAUGCCACUUUCUUUUUUCAGCCAUUAUUAUGUGUACUCGGACCAACUGGAGAUUUCGGUCAAUUUUAUUGGCCCAAGUUUAGAUGCUGCUUAAAAUCCUCUCCGGAAUCAGAACCUUCAUCUUUGAAUGAAAAGCAAGAUGACAGAAACAUUGAAUUAAAUGUUCUCAAAGAUAAUGGUGAUAACACAGACAAUCCUGAAUUGUAAUAUAUUUUGUAAUAUAGAAGAGAGAGGUGGGAUUUUAUGGGGUUAAUCUGGCCCCCUGUGUGUUCUGGGUUUAAAAUUCUACCAAAGUUGAUUUUCAUUAUCAUUCUUCAAAUGUAAAUAAAUUAAAUACCAGUAAUUUACUGAGGUCAGUUCA